GAUUCAAAGAUUCAUCAGCGCUUUUAGAUCGGUUUGUUCUUUUGAAUCUUGCAAUUCAUUUAGAUCUUUUUCUGAUGAUUCUCAGACUCUGAAACAACCUACAAGUUCUACAUAAUUCACAAGGAUGUUUGGCAGGAAUUAUUUCAAAAGAUGCAAUACAAUAUCUAUUAAGUAUUUCUUAGUAAGUAUUUCAGUUGAACACGCAUUGUUUAUUUCUUGGUUCGGUAAACGGGUCCUGAGAAGCCACGCCCACAGAAACAUCUGCGCCUUCCAGCUGCCACCGCCACCAGUAUGGAGGUAAAUUUACCUCCAUACACCAGUUAAACCAUCACACCGCCUCUCAGGACCUCGAACGUCAUCACAUACGUCAUCAACACGAGACUCGAGGCGCGCUUCACAGAAAUCUUCCUGGAUUUUCCUCGACCCACUGGACACAUCAGUAGUAAAAAUGUCUCCAGUUCAGCCCCAGAGAGAGACGAUCGACGAGCAGUUAACUCCUGCUGAAGAAACAUUCACUGAGUUUAAAGGAAUCAUCGUCAAGACCGAGGAAGAGCUCGAUGGUCAGCGCAGACUGCUGGAUUUCAGCCGGAUUCCCCUGAUCAUUUUACACAGAAUAGAUUUCUCUCAAUAUUAUGUAUGUAAAGAGGAGGGGGUUCCCACUGAGCUCAGCAACCAGGAGGGGAACCCCACUUUAAAUCAAGAGGGAUCAGAACCCCUGCAGAUCAAACAGGAGCAAGAGGAACUGGAACAUCAACAGUUCAAAGAGGAAGAUGAGGAACUCUGCAUCAGUCAGGAUAAAGAGCAGCUUGUGCCAAAACAGGAGACUGAUGACAUUUUGGUGAUUCCUUCUAAUGUGCAAAUAACCCACAAUGAAAAAGAACCAAACUGGAACCAAAUCAUCUUUCAGGCCUCUCCUGAAGUUGACAACCAAGAUCAAGACCCUGGAGAAAACAGAGAUGAAGAGCAGAAACAAAAUGAUAAAUGCCAGAAAACCAAACAGCAGAAAGGAUCUGCUGACAGUAUGACACAAAAUAUGCACAGGAAAACUCACCCAGACCAAAGUAUAUAUUCCUGUACAAGUUGUGACAAAAUCUUUUCUACAAACUGUCACUUGACUAGACACAUGAGAUCUCAUCCAGGUGAAAAGCGUUUCACAUGUACGAAGUGUGGAAAAGGUUACACUGAAAGAAGUAGUUUAACUUAUCACAUGAGAACCCACACAGGUGAGAAGCCUUUCUCAUGUGUGACAUGUAAAAAACGUUUCAGAAACGGAUCUUGUUUAAAAAGUCACAUGAGAACUCACACAGGUGAGAAGCUUUUCUCAUGUGUGACAUGUAAAAAACGUUUCCGAAACAGCUCGGAUUUAACGUGUCACAUGAGAACUCACACAGGCGAGAAGCCUUUCUCAUGUACAACCUGUGAAAAAACCUUCAGAAACAGUUCUAACUUGGGACGUCACAUGAGAACCCACACAGGCGAGCAGCCUUUCUCAUGUACGACCUGUGAAAAACGGUUCACAUAUAGGGGGGGGUUAAUUUAUCACAUGAGAACUCACACAGGUGAAAGGCCAUUCAUGUGUGUUACUUGUGAAAAACGUUUCAGUGAUAAAAGCGUUUUAACUAUUCACAUGAGAAUUCACACGGGCAAUCAGCCUUUCUCAUGUACGAUCUGUGAAAAAAGGUUUAAUAGUCGAAGCGGUUUAACUAGUCACAUGAGAAGUCACACAGGUGAGAAGCCUUUCUCUUGUAUAACUUGUGGAAAAGGUUUCAGUAAGAAAAACCUUUUAACUAUUCACAUCAGAAGUCACACAGGCGAGCAGCCUUUCCCAUGUACGACCUGUGGAAAAAGGUUCACUAGUAGAGGCAAUUUAACUUGUCACAUGAGAAUUCACACAGUUGAGAAGCCUUUCUCAUGUACAGCCUGUGAAAAAAGGUUCAACAGUAGAGGCAAUUUGACUCGUCACAUGAGAAUUCACACAGGCGAGCAGCCUUUCUCAUGUACGACCUGUGAAAAAAGGUUUAAUAGUCAAAGCGGUUUAACUAGUCACAUGAGAAGUCACACAGGCGAGAAGCCUUUUUCAUGCAUAACUUGUGAAAAAUGUUUCAGUAAGAAAGGCCUUUUGACUAUUCACAUGAGAAUUCACACAGGUGAGCAGCCUUUCUCAUGUACAACCUGUAAAAAAAGGUUCACCAGUAAAGGCAGUUUAACUAGUCACAUGAGAAUUCACACAGGUGAGAAACCUUUCUCAUGUAAGAUCUGUGGAAAAAAGUUCACCUAUAGAGGCAGUUUAGUUUUUCACAUGAAAAGUCACACAGCUCAGAUGCCGUAAUGUGAACUUGAAGUAUCAAGGUGCUCGGUAACUUGCUGUUUAGAACGCAGAGUAAUUAAAGCUGGAUCACAUAUUUGAAAUCUAGUAGCUUGGUUAAAAAUGAACUUCAAAUAAGAGUUCUUUCUGAAAUACUUAAAAACUGACCUUAUUGAGACAAUUUCAACUUCCAGUUUGAAAGGGAUUAUUUUUAAGUCAUAUAUUCACUUAUAGGUGCCUUAAUUAAAAUGGGUGUUAGUGGAUGUUUUUUUAAGUAAGAUUUUUAUUCAUAAUUACUCGUUUUCCACCACCUCAGUUCGGAGCCUGUUCUGGUUCCCGAACGUGAUUUCGAGCACCUAUAGGCGGGUCAAAACUGCAGACAAUUGAAGCAACAAGUACAGUGGUGACAACAAAGGACAUCCUGUAUGAACAUUCUUUUUAUAUUUGCAAAGACAUGCUAAACACGCAUUGUAUAACUACUCGUUUCUGUUAAACUCACAGAUGCUGAACAGUUGCAAAUGAAAACAUUGUACAUACCAUUUUUGCACGGAGUCGACGUCUCCUUUUCCGUACUAAGUGUAGGUUAUGGAUGUUGUCUAUUUGCAUUAAAAGGAUGUGCAGCUCGGCAAGCUCUGUUGUCUCGCUACCACGCUUCCCUUGCGUUGUGUAACGCUCACAGUUUAGGACUUAUGCUUGGUUCCCAAAACUGGUGGAAACACGCAUCUGUCCACAACAAAACAACAAUCCUUUGGUGGAAAAAUGGCAAGUGGGUCUUAAUGAAACAAUGGGUUAAAAUGCUUUCAGAUUUAGACUGCAGUGACUUUUAGAGUGUUUUGUUUUUACCUUUCACACUGUUCUUAAAAUCCCUGUCAGUGUCUCAUUAAUAAGUAUUAAGGUAUUUCACAUUUCAAUCUCUCAUCUUUUAAUUUAGUUCUGGAAAAUGAAGGGGUUUAAUUAUUGGUAAACAUCCAAAAAUAACCUUGUACCCAUUAAAGCAGCAACAAAAUGCAUUCUGAGGAAUCCCUACCCCAUAAUAGCUAGUGCCCUUUAACAUUAAAUAAAUUCAAUGAGAUGCUUUCUGUAACGAUUGAUCAAUCUCCAACAUAACUUUGAAGGAAGUUGGCCCAUUUUCUUACUUUAAGCUGUGAGAUAUUUUAUGGGUUUCUUUCAUGUGUAGUCCAUUUUCAAUAUCUCAUACAGUUCCAAAUAUUGUGACACAGCCCUCUGUAAUUUAUAUAUAUUAAAGAAAAUGUUUCUG